GCUGGCAGUGGCAGAGACAGUAAUCUUUAUUUCGUCAUUUCUGAAACAUAGGAAGCAAACAUAGUAACGGAAGCAAAUGAAGUGCUCAGUCUCAUACGAUUGCGUCUUAUGAUCGGACGUUUUCUUGAAAGGGGAUGACAGCAUGGGAGGAAAUAACUCCACACCUAAACCCGACACUGAAAGACAAGGCAGUCUCUCCACAGCAGCCCCAACAACUAGCUCUGCACCAUGUCUCUCUAACCACCGCAACAAAGAACACUUAAUCCUUGCCUUUUGUGUUGGGGUUCUACUGACGCUGCUGCUGAUGGCCUUUAUCUUCCUCAUCAUAAAGAGCUACAGAAAAUGUCACCCCAAGCCCCAAGCCCUGGAUCCUCACACAGAUCCUCCAGCCAUGGUUUCACGCAUCCCAGAGCAAUCACUUGCCUGUGCUAACAUGACUUUCAAACACUCAGAAGAAAAGAGCAAUCACUUGGCUGAGAACCGUUCUGCAGACUUCGACCCCAUUGUCUAUGCUCAAAUUAAAGUAAAGAACUAACCCCGCUUUUCCAAUGAGGCUUGAAUCCACUUCCUCUCCUCUCAGCUCCAUCUUCACACAUCACUUUCCCUUUUUUACAAAUGUUGGAGCAACACCUGUGUAAAAGUGCAGUCGGGGGUGUUUAGGUGUGAUCUGGCGAUGCUGUCCAGCAGCUCUGAAUACCAAUGGUCCGUCUUUUCCUGGACAGAGAAAAGACUGAUAGCCCUCCCACUUGAACUGACAGCCUGUGAGGCCCUUGGGGGCAUAGACUGCCUUCCUUGUACCCUUCCAAAGUGUGUGGUACGGAGCUCAGUGAGCAGAUAUUCUCCCAGCCUCAUGAAUCAGCUUGGGAGGAGUCAACCAAAUGAACAAUCUACCAGGAAUUCCAAAUAAAAGCAAACCCCCCAUA